AAAAACACACUCGGGAACCUGUUUGCUGGCCCGUGCGCCAUCUGGCCCGUACACCAAGCUGGGAAAAACCUCACUCAGUCAACAUUUGUCCUCGCUGCCAGACAGUUCGUUCUUCGUGCUCGGCGGUACGUCAGUAAUUUCGUACGUCGUGCGUCCGUUCCAGUGCGUGUCACCGUUCGGUUCGAACCGUUUUGUUUUGCUUACACACACUCACCCACACGAGCGUACACACAGGCAAUCAAAAUCGGCUGACAGAACAUUGCUUGUGGACGGCACACUGUUUAUCAACAACGCUCAAACACCGCAUUAUCAACACUGGCGGACGAAGUGGAUUAUUUAGUGGGUAUUUCGAUGUGGUAACGUUUGUUUGUAUGUGUGUGUGCGUGCAAUAUUGUUUAGAUUGUGAUUUGAACAAACUAGUGUGAAUAUAGUAACGAAAAAACUGAGUGCGAAUGCGGUGAGUCGAAUCUUCUUCGUUUGCCGCCUAAAUGUAUGCAAUGUAUUGCACCGCAACAUCAUGAGCGAACAGUGAGAUGAAAAUGACGCGCCGCAAUUGUUUUGAUUGGCGUAUUUGAUGAAGGUUUAGCAGUUAGUUGAUGCACUUCAUCCUGUAAACGUUCCGCGAAACCACAGCCAAAAAGGAUAAUCAAAUUAAUUCGAAUACCAUACUGUGUUUAACGCUACUCGCGAGCGAAGGUGUACUCGUGUAUGUGGAAGAGUGUGUGUGUGUGUGUAAAAACCGGAAGCAUUUGGACAGGUUGUGAACUAUGGUAAUGAUGCAAUCACCAAUGUCUGAUUGCGGGCAACCGGAAAGCCCAUCGCUCUCGCAGCCCAAUUCGCCGCCCGCCUCGACCGAGCUGGCCUCACACUCGCCCAAGACAAUCCUGCUAAAGGGUGGCAGCGGUGGUAUCACCACCACCAUCACCAACACCACCACCACACCAAUCACCACGACGAACGGUUCGGAGGUUGAGACGGACGGUGCGAACGCGCUGCUGCUACGUUUCACCGACGAACGCCGCCUUUCGCUAACACCAUCCGGUCAGCUGCAGGAGGCGGCCAGCAAGUGUGGCACGUUUCUGGAUCUGCGCGCAAACAGCCACAGCACCAGCAGCAACAGCAACAGCAGUACCAGCAGCACCGAACCGCUGGAUGGCGAUCACGAUCAAGCCGAGGGUGAUCAGAUGUUUGCCGACCAGGCGGACGCCAAACAUGGCGACUAUUCACCGUCGACGGAACCACAACAUCACCAGCAGCAGCAGCAGCAACAGCAACAAUCCCAGCAACCCCAACAACCGACGGACCGUGCAGUAAAGUUCUCGAUCGAACGGUUGAAGCAUCUGGCGGAUGGGCAUGCACUGGCCGUCCGUCACCAUCCGCUACACCAUCACCAGUCGGCGGCUGAGCAGCUCGUGUUGGCUGCGGCCGCCGGUGGCCAUUUUCCACCCGGUGCUCACCCCGCGAUGGGUGGCUCGGUGGUGUCUGUGAUACCGUCCGGUUCGGUGUUGCCACCGCUACAUCCGGCCGUCCUGCAUCCGGUACAUCCACCGCCCCACCCGUCCCACCAUACGCCGGUGGCGGCUGGCGUCGCACCGUUGCAGCCGUCCUCCUGCUUCCCGCACGCGUCCGCGUCCGCCCCGACGCACCAGCCCCAUCCCCAUCAACACAGCCACCAUCAACGCCACCAUCAGGCGGCCGUAGCGGCGGCGGCUGCAGCGGCUGCCGCGGCAGCAGCAGCGGCCGCCGCCGCCGCCGUUGCGUCCGGCUCCGGCCCGGCCCAAACGCAACCUCAACAUCCUUCGCAGCAGCAGCCAUCGCCGCACGAUCCCACGAUCGCUAGCCCGAACCAGCAUCAUCCGGGCCACCCGUUCGCUAUCAAAUAUCCGGCGGGCAGCGCAUCGCCGACCGAUCUCGAGAUCGAACGGUUCAAGAUAGCGCGCACCGCGAUCAACAAUACGGCCGCGUUUGCGGCGGCCGCUGCCGCCAAAGAGCUGUCCGACAUUGGGUUCAGGAUACAGCUGCAGGACGGUGGGCAGCAUCACAGUGGGUAUGCGCGUAGCGACACUAGCGAGGAACUGAUCGUGGACGGAAACGAGGAAAGCUCGCAGGAUGGGAUCUCGGGCUGCCCGGUGGAUCUGACGCGCUCGAUGGACAAUGGGACCGAUGCGAAAACGCACGCCAUCCGCGACACGGACAAGGAGGCCGCCUCGAAACGGCUAGCCUUCUCGGUGGAGAACAUACUCGAUCCGAACAAAUUUAACGGCAAGCACGGUGUUGCGACAUCCGGCGGCGCACCCGUUACGGUCGGUGGUAUCUUCGGUUCGAAGCUGAACGGGGGUGGCAAAAUGGUGGCUGCACUCGGUGCUGCUGCUGCCGCUGCCGCUGCCGUCAACAGUGCCGGCGGCAACUACACUACCAACAAUAACAUCUGCACGGUUAACAACAACAACAACAACAACAACAACAACAGCAUCAAUAACAACAAUGCAAAGUUCUGGAGCCAGGCCGGGUUGGAGCGGGACGAUAAGUUGGACGACGAUCACAGCGAUUCGCGCUCCGUUAAGGAUGUGAACGAUAUUGAUCAGGAUGACAUGGGCGAUGACACGAUGGGCAGCGACAUGGAUGACCAUGCCAGCGAAACCGACUCCAAGAAGGAUGGUUCGAACAAUCGGGGCGGCGAUGGCAAGUCGCAGGGCAACAGCUCCAAACCCAGACGUGCUAGGACGGCGUUCACGUACGAACAGCUGGUUUCGUUGGAGAACAAGUUCAAAACCACGCGCUACCUGUCAGUGUGCGAACGGCUCAAUCUGGCUCUCAGCUUAAGUCUUACCGAAACGCAGGUAAAGAUCUGGUUCCAGAAUCGUCGGACAAAGUGGAAAAAGCAGAAUCCGGGUAUGGACGUCAACAGCCCAACGGUUCCACCACCGAACAGUGGCGGCUCGUUCGGGCCGGGAUCGUAUGCCAGCAGCCUGCUCUAUCCACACGCCAUGCCCUAUCCUCCGUACGGACCGUACUUCCAUCCGCUCGGCGGACAUCACCUCGGUCACUCGCACUCGUAAUCGGACCCGGUCCUGCUUCCUCCUACAAUCCUGGUUGUGCAAUAACGAUGCCCCUUCCCUACAUCCAAAGGUAAACUAGAACUACACAAAAAGGCGCAUUUUCGGGAACAUUAGGAGUAUCGGGAGGAAAAACAUUCACAAGUAAUAGAAAGAGAGAGAGAGAAGGGAGAGA